UGGAUGGAGGAAAGCAGUUUUAGGCUCCCAAGGGGGCUUGCCGUAGGAAGGAUGUUUUCAAUAGUCCAGAACAAGAAGAUUUCCCAUGAGGCUCUUUUGAAUCACUUCAAGCAAAAUAAGGUGGAGAUAGCAAACGCGAUAACAAAGCCAUUUCCUUUCCUUGAAAGCCUCAGAGACCGCUCCUUUAUCACGGAAAAAAUCUAUAAAGAUUCUGAAGAAGCCCAUAGAAACUUGGUGCCGGUAGAGAAAGUGGUAUAUAAUAUUCUCUGCUACCUUGAGAAGACUUUUGAUAGGUCACUCCUACAAGUCCUGUUCAGCAGGGUUCAUCUGAAGGAGUAUCCUGAUUUAAUUUAUGUUCAUAGAGUCUUCGAAAAUGUAAUUGAAGACAAGUAUUUUCCCCAGAAAAGUGAUAGCGAAGAGACACAAAAGACACUCAACACUGGGCCAAGCUGUGAACAAGUGCCCGAUGAAUCCGAAGUUUUAAGAAUGAAGUCAGAGAAGGUGUGUGGCCUGCUGGACGAAGGACAAGUAGUCAGCAGUGAAUCCAGUGAGGAGGAAGAGCCCCCAGCAGCUCUGAGCUCAGCACAAGGACGAGGGCUGGAGGAGAAGGGUGAGGAUGGCCAGCUUUGGGCUGCAGACCAUCAUGUGUCCGAAUUCAGAGCCCCCGCUUCCUGACGUGUUGUACUUUGAGUGCGCUCUACAGCCAAUGAUCCUGUCAACGCUGUGAACACAUUCUCUGUAUUUACCUCAUGUGCCAUUUUGGGAAAUGUGGGAGACAAGGUCCUAGUCACUAAAUAUGUGUGUUGAUAUAUAAAGGUUAGAGUAGAAACAAACUAGCAUUAUUUCUGUUGUUUGUUUGUUUUUCCUUCCACAUGAUCAUGCCUAUUGUGGUAUAAUAAAAAAAAAUAGGUAUUUGUCUUUGUCCCUAGUUCCUGGCACAGAGCUCCCCAAACCCUUGGAAUUUCCCCAGUGGUAAGAGUGUCCCUAUGACAAUUAGAGGGUUAGAACUCGACCUCUGUGGAGAAAAAAAGAGGUGGGAGAUUAAGUUCAAUCACCAAUGGCCCAUGAUUUAACCAAUCAUGCUUACACAAUGAAACCUUGGUAAAAACCUCUGAACAAUGGGGUUGGCAGCCCCUGACUUUGUAAAUACAUUGAUGUGCUGGGAGGGUUGCAUGCUGGAGAAGGUGUGGAAAUCCUGGCACACCCCACCUCCAUACCUCGCCCUAUCCAUCUCUUCCAUUUGGCUGUUCUUGAG